AUGGAUCACUCGGUUCUCAAUAACUGGACACAGUGCAAACUUGAUAUCGUUACCGAUUACCCGAAAGCAUCCGCCAACAUAAUAACCUGUGUUUUGAACACAACAGCUUGGGGAAAAGGAGUGGCGAUACUGAAUGGGAACAAUUUGGGGCGAUACUGGGCGAGUCAAGGACCACAGUACACACUCUACGUGCCAGCGGCAUUUCUUCGUGCUGGUGAUAAUUCAUUGCUGUUGCUCGAGCUGGAAGGCACCCGCAACUGCAACGACUCGUCUUGCUUCAUGUCAUUCGUUGAACAGCCUAUAUUCAAGUGGGAAACAACCACAGCCGGAAAAGAUUCCACCUUUGGCCGAAAACAUCAUAUUGUACUUCCGGACUGA